AUGCAUGCAGCCGUCCAAGCAAACCACUUCUUCGCAAAGGGAAUCACAUUCGAGAACACAGCCGGUGCCUCAAAGCACCAAGCAGCGGCAGCCCGAGUUUCCUCUGACAUGGCCAUAUUCUACCAAUGCAGCUUCGACGGUUAUCAAAACACCCUCUUCGCACACGCCCAUCGCCAAUUCUACCGCGACUGCACCAUAUCCGGAACACUAGACUUCAUCUUUGGCGACGCUAGCGCCCUUUUCCAAAACUGCACCAUGAUUGUAAAAAAGCCUCUUGAAGACCAGCCCUGCACGGUCACAGCCCAGGGCCGAGAAGAGCGAAGAGAGAACACGGGCAUUGUUCUCCAAAACUGCACCAUUGUCCCAUCGAAAGAGCUGAAGGCGACGGUUGAGCCUGUUAAGGUCUUUCUCGGUAGGCCAUGGAAGGUUUUCUCGAGGACUAUUGUUAUGAAUUCGAACAUCGACGGUUUCAUCGCGCCCGAAGGGUGGUCUCCAUGGGCUGGAACCUUCGGGCUUGACACUAGCUUUUAUGCUGAGAUUGGGAAUACUGGUGCAGGUGCUAGCCUAAACAAGAGGGUUACAUGGGGAGGAAUUAAGAAGAUUAAUAUUCAAGAAGCUGAUGAAUUUUCUGCAAGAAGAUUUAUUAAUGGUGAUAUUUGGGUUAAGCCUAGUGGAGUACCUUAUGAUUCAAGUAUAUUGAAGACAUAA